AACGCAUGAUAGUUUUCAGCUCCGCUCCUUUGUGGACACUUCGGGUCUUUUCCUUGUGCCCUUCCGGCCGACCCACUACUUGAGGGACUCCAGCACGCUCAUUGAUUUAUGCAUAGUGGAUGAUGAGGAGAAAGUCACCAAAUACGGCCAACAGAUGAGAAAAUAUAUAUAAAGUAUAUGGAUGUGCAUGGGGAUGCUGUGGAUGGGAAUGUGGAUCAUGUGGAUAAUAUAUGUAUUGUGUAUAAUGAAGAAAACAGCACAAUAAUACAAAAUGCUUUAAAUUUUUUGUUUAUUUCCGAAGAUGGAUGGAAAUGCACCAAUCAGAACGCAAUAUUUUCAUUUAGCAAGCAAUCCAGCACGAAAACAAGCACCGUGUGCCGCUGGCUUAAGAUUCUUUGUGCAUCUUCAGUCAUGCCGCUUAAAAAAGAUACAAAAGGUUCUUCUAAGCAACCACAGAAAACUCAGAAGAAGAAGGAGGGUGGAUCUGGUGGUAAAGCUAAGAAGAAGAAGUGGUCCAAGGGAAAAGUACGUGACAAGUUAAACAAUCAAAUCCUUUUUGACAAAGCCACGUAUGAAAAGCUACUGAAAGAGGUACCACAGUACAAAUUGAUCACACCCUCUAUUGUCAGUGAAAGACUGAAAAUUAGAGGGUCACUUGCCAGGAAAGCUUUGAUAGAACUUCAACAAAAGGCUUUGAUUAAACAAGUUGUACAACAUCAUGCACAGCUCAUUUACACACGUACCACUAAGGGGGAUGAUCCAGCAAUAUAAUGUAUUUAAAAUGUUUUAAUAUAAAUAAAAAACUUAAUACUCUA